GGCUAGCUUUCACAUGCAUUGUUAAGAGUGGAAGAUAGAGGUAAACUAGAGAAAAAAAUCAUGGUGGCCGGGGAUAAAAACCAGUCAAGCUCGUUUUCCUUGUACUGUCUGACAAAAUGUUUUCACAGCCCAGUAACGUCCACCCCUGCGGAGAGGGGACAGGAAGUAGGAGAAAGUCAUGGCAAGGGUUUGUCAGAUUCGAAGAAAGUAGCUCAGAAGAAGCCUGGAGGAUGGAAAUCCAUGCCUUUCAUCUUAGGAAAUGAAACAUUCGAGAGGCUAGCAGCGUUUGGCUUACUGGCCAAUUUUGCAGUUUAUUUGGUGAAAGAGCUUUUUCUGGAUCAGGUUGUGGCUGUAAACAUUAUGAAUAUCUGGAUGGGUAUUUCCAAUUUUGCACCUUUGCUUGGUGCCUUCAUCUCUGAUGCUUAUCUCGGAAGAUUUAAGACUAUUGCUUUUUCAUCAUUUGCAAAUCUACUGGGAAUGAUAACGGUGACGUUAACCGCAUGGUUGCCACAGCUGCAUCCCCCGAGAUGCAACGUUGGACAAAACUCUCUCAGUCAAUGCAAAAGUGCAAGCAAAACUCAACUGGGUGUUCUGCUAAUGGGUCUUGGCUUUUUAUCAAUCGGCACCGGCGGAAUUAGGCCAUGCAGCAUUCCGUUUGGUGUCGAUCAGUUUGAUCAAACCACUGAAGAAGGUGUUCGAGGAACUAAUAGCUUCUUUAACUGGUAUUACACUACAUUCACAGUGGUUAUUUUGCUCACUCUAACUGUGGUGGUUUAUAUUCAAAACUCGGUGAGUUGGGUGCUGGGAUUUGGGAUUCCUACUUUACUCAUGGCCUGCUCAAUCAUUCUAUUUUUCAUUGGAACAAAGCUUUAUGUAUACGUUGAACCAGAAGGAAGCAUCUUUUCAGGCAUUGCACAAGUUUUUGUUUCAGCUUAUAAGAAACGAAAACUUAAGCUUCCAGAAGGAGAGUUUGAUGGGAUAUUUUAUGAUCCUCCAUUGAAAAACACUGUUUUGUCUAAGCUACCUUUCACCAAUCAGUUCAGAUUCUUAAACAAAGCCGCUAUGAUAGUGGACGAUAAGGAGCUUAAUAGUGAUGGAUCUCCCACUAAUCAUUGGAGGCUUUGUAGCAUCCAACAAGUAGAAGAAGUCAAAUGCCUAGUAAGAAUCAUCCCCAUAUGGGCUUCUGGAAUUAUUUGCUUAACUUCCAUCGUACAACAAGGAACUUUUACAGUGUUACAAGCUUUGAAAAUGGACAGACACCUUGGACCCAAUUUUCAAAUCCCUGCCGGCUCUAUCACCAUUAUCUCCAUGCUCACUAUAGGAGUUUGGCUCCCAAUCUAUGAUCGCCUAAUAGUCCCAUCUCUCCGUAAAUUCACCAAGCUUGAUGGAGGGAUUUCUCUUCUGCAAAGAAUCGGAAUUGGGAUGGUUUUUUCAAUUCUAGCCAUGGUUGUUGCAGGACUAAUCGAAAAAGAGAGGAGGGCUGCAGCCAAUUCUCAUCCAAACCUACAUGGCAUUGCCCCCGUGUCUGUUUUGUGGCUAGCUCCUCAACUUAUACUAAUGGGAUUCUGUGAAGCUUUCAAUAUAAUAGGACAGAUUGAAUUCUUCAAUCAACAGUUCCCCGAUCACAUGAGAAGUAUAGCCAAUUCCCUUCUUUCCUGUUCCUUUGGAGGCGCAAGCUACUUGAGCAGCUUGCUGGUCACCACAUUGCAUGCUUUCACUGGAAGCCAUAGCCACCCGGAUUGGUUGACUAAUGACAUCAAUGCUGGAAGAGUAGAUUAUUUCUACUUUCUCAUCGCCGGGAUGGGAGUCAUUAACUUUAUCUAUUUUCUUUACUGUGCACAUCGUUAUCGUUACAAGGGUAGUGUCCAAGUAGAUGAUCACAAAACCUUCCGUAAGGUUGAGAUGGUUUAAUCGAACAAAUAAUGUAGCUUGCAGCCGGUAAUAGUAUGUAGAAACGUUGCAGAAGAAUCUUAAUAGGAUAGUGUUUACUGUUUAUCAGUCGUUGUCUCUUUGUUUUGGCUCUCCUAUCAAGCUUUAAAUAAGAGAGAGAUAAUUCUGCCUUUACUGUCAA